CUUGUCAGAUUCCCAUUGCAUGAAGAGUGACUGUUCUGACUACGAUUCUCUUCCUUCUGGGAAGAGGAAUGGAUCUGUUACCCACUUGGGCAGGCAGCCAGAUGCAAGGAGUAACUAUAAGACUUCUCUCCUUGGCCUUGGGGAUGACCAAAAGUCAGACGCUAGCUCGGUGAGGAUGCAGAAUGGUCAGCCAGCAGUAAGAGGGAACUUACCCUAUAUCCAGCAGGCAGGGCUCCGCCCUGAAUGGAACACAUCCUAUCCUUCACCAUGGGAUUCAUACAUCAGAAGCCCUUCUUAUGGUCCGUUCAUGGGAGGAAUGGGAAACUUUCAGUAUCAACCCUAUGGGUCGGGAAUUUACCCUUCAUGGAGGCCCUACUCUGGAGCUGGGAGCACAGUCACUAAUGAACAGGACAGAUAUAUGAUGGAAGUCUUGCAAUCAUCCCAAGGAGCUUUCAGCAGCUUGGCCUCCAUUGUUGAUGUGUUUACAUCUCUGAGCAACAUGGUGUCUAUGUCCUACAAUGCCAUAUACUCAUCAUUCCAGGCUUUUGUCAACCUUGCUGCUAUAUUCUCACAAAUCAAAUAUCAUCUAUUCAUCCUAGUUUCAUCAAGGAAACCUUGGCUAGCCAUCAGGAGGUGGCUUCACAAGCUGGCCUACAUUAUUGGGAUUGUGAAGGCCAAUCCAAGUCUUCAUGGAGCGUGGAAUCAAGCAACAUCUGGCCGCAUACUUACAGAGCAAGAUGUGAAAGGUGGACCAACUGCUCUGCCCGUUCUUAUCUUCCUUUCGUUCAUAUUUGCUGGACCCUACAUCUUGUGGAAGAUCCUUCGGAUGAUUGUUGGAGACCAGCCUGCAGGGAGGAACUGGGAGUUGGGAGAAGGCCUACACUAUGAAGCCAUUGCUCAAGAGGACUUUCGUGCACGCACACCUUCUGAACUGAGCAUUCAGAAAGGAGACAAGGUGAUUUUGGCUCCUGGAUGCUUGCAGUCCCCAGCCCCUGGAUUUUUGAGAGCAGCAUUAGGUCCAGGACGUUCUGGCCUUAUUCCCUCCAGUCACCUACAGAUUCUUGGCAUUGUUCAAGGACCUUCCAUAUCUGCAAUGGGACCUGUUCCUCCUCUGCCACCGCAGAGAUAAUCUAUGCAAGACAGUGUAUUGUGUGGACCUGUGAUAUCAAGCUCAUAAUAUGCACUUUUGUGUAGCAUUUCUUGGUGGUGUCUCAUCUGUAGUACAUGAGACACCUAAAUGUCUUUCUUCAACCUAGAGCGACUUUCACAUUCUUGAUAUUCAUUGGUAUUAACCAAGCUGCACUUACUGUUUAUUCAUUCUCAUAUGAGGGAAG